AUGUUUUUGUUUAUCUAUGUUCUGUUUCUGUCGGCUGCAGUUUACGCUACACCCCUCAGUCAUCGGGAAAAGCCUAAGUUCAUCCCUGGAAAAUAUCUUGUGCAACUCCGAUCCAACAUCGACGCUGUUUCUGUGGCAUCACACCAUCAAAAAGUCCACCGCUUAGCCAGACGCAGCUCUGCUGACAGUCCAGUUGAACGCACCUUCAGCAUUGGGAGUCUCAAUGCCUAUCUUGGAAGUUUUGACGAACAAGCCGCAACAUAUAUCUCAGAUCUUGAAGAAGUCCUCUCCGUUGUCCCAGACGAAUACAUCUAUCUCGAAAAAACGGACUUUCCGCCUCUCGCACCACGCGAUGUCGUGACACAGUCUCCCAGCAUUUGGAGCUUGGGCGACCUUUCACACAAGGCUAGCAAUGCGACGGAAUACGUCUACGACUCAACUGCAGGCGAAGGAACAACGGCGUACGUCUUUGAUACCGGAAUCCGACUAAGCCACACCGAAUUUGAAGGCCGCGCCCGCUUCGGUGUCAACGGCAUCACCAAUUCUACGAAUCCCAGCGGCGCAAGCAAAGAUGACGACGGUCAUGGAACGCACUGUGCUGCCACGGUAGUUGGCAAGACUUUCGGUGUGGCGAAGAAAGCUUCCGUCGUCGACGUAAAAGUCUUCGAUGGCGCGACCGGCUCCACAAGCGCCAUCCUGACCGGCAUCCAAUGGGCCGUCUCGGACGUGCUUGCCCGCAACGCAGCCUCAACCUCUGUCUUCAGCAUGUCGCUCUCCGCUGAGACGACUUCCACGUUACUCGACGACGCGGUAAAAGCGGCGUACGACGUGGGUAUCCUCUCCAUCGUCGCUGCUGGUAACGAGAAUGCCCCUAUCGCCCCGCUGACUCCGGCACGUCUGCCUGAAGCUUUUACCGUGGGCAUGACGCAGGCGAAUCGCGCCCGUGUGAACAUCAUCACUGACAUCUACGGAAGCAACUAUGGCCCGGAGAUGGAUGUCUUCGCCCCGGGACGCGAUAUCGUAUCAGCAAGCCAUUUGAGCAAUACAGGCACCGCUACCAAGACAGGAACGAGCAUGGCGACACCGCUUGUUGCUGGCUUGGUUUGCUAUUUGAGAGCAUUGGAAGGGGGCUUGGCGACCCCGGAUCAGGUUACAAGCAGAGUGCUGGAGUUGGCGCUUAAGGGGGUGGUAGGGGAUCCGAGGGGGAGUCCGAAUCUUUUGAUAAACAAUGGGAGUGGGGCUUAG